AUGGAUUGUGAUCUUCACGAGAUGCUUAACAUGCUGAUUGAUUAUGAGAAUCAACUUACAUCUGAGAAGAAGAAAGGAACUGUCAUGUUGGUUGGAAACUCUUCUAAGAAGAAGAGUAAGGGUAAAAGUAAACCCAAGAAAAAGCCUACUGCGCCCAAGGGUGGUGUGACCAAACCCAAAGGCAAAGAAAGCAAAGCUGACCAAUCUGAUAUUGUAUGUUUCCAUUGUAAGAAAAUAGGACAUUGGAAGAGAAACUGCCAGGAGUAUCUUGCAACUUUAAAGGAUAAGAAACAAGGGGUUCCAAAUAAGUAG